AACGAUGAGUUGUUUACACCGGAAGUGUAGCGCAGGGCAGGGACGGAUCACCGCGUAAAAUGUGAAAAAGCUGUCUUAGGGUUUUUAAACUAUUUUGCAUUAUUUUAUAAAUAAAAAAUGACGCAUUUGCAAGUUAAAUUAAGUUUUUAAAGACUGUUAUGAUGUUGGUUGGCUACAGCAGCAGCUCAGAGGGGGAGGAAGACGGCGAGGAUUUAAACAGAAGUUCAAAGCUUCAAAAGUAUCAAAAGGAUGGAAGUGAUGAUGGCUGUCCGGUGAAGAAGAGACCCAGGACGGAAGAAAAACUCACCAAAACAAGGUUACCUCUUCCUGGUUGCCUAAUGACCAUGUUUCCAGAUGAAGAGGAGCCAAACACUGAUGACAGCGCUCUUCAUGGUGGACGAAUCCGCUCCUUCAAACACGAGAGGGGAAACUGGGCCACUUAUGUUUAUUUGCCAUAUCAUCCUGAGGAGGAGUUUAUGGAGGUGAUGGAGGAUUUGAUCGCAGCUGCAAGGUCACAUGGUGUGGUUUUGACUCCACAACAAGAGUUCCACCUCAGCUUGUCUCAGACAGUGGUGCUGAGACACCACUGGAUCCAGCCUUUUACUCAGAGCCUAAGGACUGACCUGGCACGCUGUAAAAGGUUUGUGUGCACAGCAAGUAAGCUAAAGAUCUAUUGUAAUGCUGAGAGGACAAGGACGUUCUUGGGGAUGGAAGUGUGUUGUAGUCAAGCUCACCUGCUAGAGCUGGUGCGUGUUGUUGACAGAACAAUGACAGAAUUCCACCUGGACACUUUCUACAAAGAGCCGUCUUUUCAUGUGAGCCUGGCCUGGUGUGUUGGAGACCAGACGGAGAAAAUGAAGGAAUGCAUGUGGGAUUUACAGUGUGUGAUGGACAACCGUGAAGACGGGACAUUUGUCCUGAGGAUGGACGGAGAGGAGCUGCGCUGCAAGACUGGAAACAAAGUCUUCCGCUUCCCCCUGGAGCCAUAAACACCAGAUAAGAGUGACACCUGGAAUCAUCAGGAGCAGGACUCUUCAGAUGAAUGACAGAUGAAUAUCUCUUAUCUUAUUUUGCAUUCAAAAUAAUGAUGAAUGACUCCUCCCACAGAGACAAUCAAGGUUCAUAAUUGCCCACUUGUUUUAUUAUAUCAAUGUUUGGUUUAAAUAAAGUUUCUAGUUUUUCAUAAUCGUCAUAGUUUGUCUAGUUGUGUACAAUUAUAAAUAGUCGUUAAAAAAAAAAACAAUUUUAUGACACUUUAGUGA